AUGACACCUUCAGCUUGCAAGCUUCUCGUCCCCGCCGAUUUCUCUCAGUCUCUGCUCUUCUCGAUAUUCGAUAUGCCUACCCUCUCAACCUUCUACAACAGCCAGCUUGGCGAUGUAUACGAGGCUUCCACGCAGCUGCUCGUUGCCAACGGCCUCCACGAUGCCUACGACAUCCGCCUCACUCACAAGCACUUCGACAUUGCCGACGGCGAGCAGGUCGUCGGCUUCGGGGGCCGGGAUGUGAUGCUCGGCGCCGUCUGCAAGAAUGGCGAGGUCCCAGUCGAUCUGCUACAUAAGCACGGCAUCCAACCCCUGCCCAGCGGCGUCUUUACCCCGAGCGACUACUUUAUCAGCGAUAAGGGCGAGACCAUCCCCUACGAGUUCGUCUAUACCGCUACCACCGUCGGUGCUGGCCUGGCCUACGCCCCAGUAAAACGAAUAACGCUACGAGUGUCUUCGUCUUACCCCCUAGACAAUCUUACGGUCAUGCCGGCUUAUCUAUGGGAGAGCGGACGGGAUCCCGAGUUUUCCUAUGAUUACCAGUCGUAUGUGUAA